AUGGCUUGCUGCGGAGGUGCUGCGUCUUCGGACAUGAACGCCAUCGUUUCCGAGGUCCCCGCGACCAGGAACGCCACUGGCCCCGGCUACCACGUCAAGGGCAAGGAGGACCUCAACUACACCUACAGCUUCGUCGACAACGUCUUCGACCAGCAGAAGGAGGACCUCGCUACCUACUUCCAGAAGUGGGGACGCGUCCUCGUCAUCCUCGACGAGAACCUCAACGAGCUCUACGGCUCCGCCAUCAACGCCUACUUCGGCUCCCACAACAUUAAGCCCACCCUUCACGUUUUCAAGGGCGGCGAGCUGCACAAGACCAUGGACACCAUGCUCUCGUUUGUCGACGCCAUGGACUCGUUCGGUCUGAUCCGCAAGGAGCCCGUCCUCGUCGUCGGCGGUGGUCUCGCCUCGGACGUCGUUGGCUACGCGUGCGCCUCGUACCGCCGCAGCACCAACUACGUCCGCGUCGGCACUACCCUCAUUGCUCUGAUCGACGCCGCCAUCUCGAUCAAGGUCGGCAUCAACCACAAGAAGCUCAAGAACCGCCUGGGUGCCUACCACGCCCCCAUGCACACCUUCCUCGACUUUGACUUCCUCAAGACGCUCCCCAUCGGCCAGACCCGCAACGGUACCGCCGAGCUCGUCAAGAUCCUCCACUGCGCCGACCCGCACACCUGGAAGAUGCUCGUCAAGUACGGCGAGGACCUCGUCAACACCGCCUACGGCCGUAACGCCACCGGCCCCGGUGCCAAGGAGCUCAAGGAGGCUGCCGACACCAUCUGCCGCAACGCCAUCAAGCUCAUGCUCGACCUCGAGAGUCCCAACCUGCACGAGAUUGGCCUGGACCGCAUCAUUGCCAACGGACACGGCAUCUCGCCCACCCUCGAGCUGGCUCCCUUCCCCCCGCUCAGGCACGGCCACGCCGUCUGCACCGACAUGGCCUACUGCGUCACCCUUGCCCACCACCGUGGCCUGAUCUCGGCCGAGGAGCGCGACGAGUGGUUCGGCCUUGCCGGCCGCAUCGGUCUCACGGUCGACCACCCCAUGCUCACCCCCGAGCUGCUCCUCGAGGCCAACGAGGCCAUCAAGAAGACCCGUGACGGCCUCCAGCGCUUCGUCGUCCCCAAGACGAUGGGCAAGUGCGUCUUCCUCAACGACAUCAGCGACGAGGAGUUUGUCAAGGUGCUCGACAUCCACAAGAGCUACGUCCAACAGAUUGGCCGCGGCAAUGGUGUCGGCCUCGACGCCUACGCCGAUGCCGGUGACCUCGGCGCUGACCCCGAGCAGCUCCUCAAGGAGAAGAAGCGCGAGGCCGCCGCCAUCCAGCAGAAGAAGGACGUCCCCAACGGCAAGGCGGUCAACCUCGCUGCCGGCGUUCCCCAGUCCGCCCAGGCUGUUGCCGCAUGA